AUGCCGACUCCCCUCGACAACGCCAUGAAAUCCAAGAAUGCGCUGCUCGCGUUCGGCGGCCUCGUCACAGCAGUGGCCGUCUGGAGCAUCUACGGCGGCGACAUGUUCCCCGCGGCCGCCGACCCGACGGGCAACCCCGAGGAGUGGACGCGGGAGGAGAUGCGCCGGUGGCUCGCAGCGCGCAACCUGUUCCCCGGAGACGCGGCGACGCGCGAGGAGCUUCUCGCUAGGGUUCUGGCCAACAUGCGGAUUCCGAGGGCGUCGGCGUGA